AUGGUAUUGACUGAGGAAUGCAGCGUCAUCAUACAUAAAAAGUUACCUCAAAAGCUGAAAGAUCCAGGGAGUUUUCAAAUCCCCUGUAUCAUAGGGGACAUCACUAUUGAGAAAGCUUUGUGUGAUUUGGGAGCUAGCAUAAAUCUUAUGUCCCUAACUAUGAUGAGAAAGAUGAAGAUUAAGGAGGCCAAGCCAACAAGAAUAGCACUCCAAUUGGCUGACAGAACAUGUAAGUUUCCACAUGGGGUGGUGGAAGACUUGCUAGUGAAAGUGGGAGAGUUCAUUUUCCCUAUUGAUUUUGUUGUGCUGGACAUGGAAGAAUAG